AUGAAUUGUUUCAGCAGUUUCAAAGAAGAUAAUAUGAGUUUUUGUUCCUGCGAUCCAGCGAUUGAGGACAGGAGCUGGUCCACGUUCUCGUUUCUAGAGGCCCUCAUGUUGUGUUCAAUGAGAUGUUCACAAACAGCCAGCUGUGUGGCUUACAACUUCUUCAGUGCCACCAAUCAGUGCCAACUCUUCAAUCAAACAUUGAACAAGUUCUCUGUACUGCCCGGCUGUCAAUAUUUUCUCAAAAAAGCUCUGACCAUCAACGCGGACGACGGCUUUAAUGAAUUUUACAUCAACGGUGACAACAUACCCGCAUCGUAUUUUCCCAAUGCUGCGAAGGUUAUUAGACCGGACACAUAUUAUCUGAUGGACAACUUGGUCGUUCUCGCCAUCAAAUCACACAACGGCGCUGCUUACGGUGGUUUGGCAGCUAGCACAACAGACGGUUACGUGUUGACGAAUGAAACUUGGAAAUGUACUGAAAGUUAUUACAACGGCUGGUACAAAAUCAAUUACAAUGAUUCGUCAUGGUCUCCUGCCAUAGUUACGAAAAUUUCAGCUGGCUCUCUUUUCAAUGUGAACACCAAAUGGAUUUCUGUUUCUACCAAAUGCAAAAAUUGUGAUUUUUACUGCAGAAAAAAUGUUCUUGGUAAUUUUAAGUUUUUAGAAAUUUAA